UUCACUAGGUCUGUGCGUACUCUUGUGUUAUUUAUCAUGUCAAAUAUGAUAAAAUUAGUAGUUAUUAGUUUAGUUUUAGGAAAUAUUGACAGAACAUUGUGUGGUAGUAUCGAUAUAGACGUAAAUGGAUACAUUGCCUAUUGUCCCUGCAUGGGGCGUUUUGGAAAUCAAGCGGAUCAUUUCCUAGGGGCCCUGGGUUUUGCAAAAGCUUUAAAUCGAACUUUAGUUUUACCAGCAUGGGUUGAAUAUCGAACUGGUGAAAUUAGAUCGUUGCAAAUACCAUUCGAUACCUACUUCAAUGUUACCCAUCUUAAAGCUUGCCACAAAGUGAUUCUGAUGGAAGAUUUCAUGAAGAAGAUUGCUCCAAACAUCUGGCCACCUGAUUACAGAACAGCUUUCUGUUACUCGGCACGAGGCAAAACGGAAUCCUGCAACCCUAAAGAGGGAAAUCCCUUCGGUCCUUUUUGGGACACCUACAAUAUUGAUUUUGUAGAUUCAGAAUUUUAUGGGCCAUUGCAUUACGAUGUACAUCACACAGAUAUUGCGGAUCAGUGGAAGAAAAAAUACCCGGUAGUUUCUUGGCCGGUUCUCGCAUUUACCGGAGCACCAGCCACUUUUCCAGUUCAGUUAGAAAACAAAAAUCUUCAAAAGUGCCUCCAGUGGAGCGACUCCAUAUCUAAUAAAGCCAAAACUUUCAUAAAAGAAAAACUCCCAUCUGGCGCAUUUAUAGGGAUACAUUUGAGAAACGGAAUUGACUGGGUACGAGCCUGUGAAUUCAUUUCGAAUAGUCCAAAUCUUUUCGCUGCGCCCCAAUGUUUAGGAUAUAGAAACGAGCGUGGAAAAGCAACACAAGCAAUGUGCUUUCCGUCUUUUGAUUUAAUUGUGCUUCAUAUUAAACGCAUUAUUCGCAACGGGAGAGAUAUAAAGUCUGUGUUUGUGGCAUCCGACAGUAAUUACAUGAUUGAUGAACUGAACAACGCUCUUUCCAGAAUGGAGGUUCGUGCUUAUAGACAAGAAAAUGAAGUAUCUCCUCACUUAGACUUGGCUAUUCUUGGAAGAGCGAAUUACUUCAUAGGUAAUUGUAUUUCUUCCUUCUCCGCUUUCGUUGCAAGAGAGCGAGAAGUGAAGGGCAUACCAACAUUUUUCUGGGGCUUUCCACCUGACAGACCUGCAGCUUCGACUGCACACGAAGAAUUUUGACUUUCUAGGCUACACUAUCAAAAUAAUUCUUAAUUUAUUCAUACAUCACUCGCAUGAUCGCAGUUAUACUCUGAAAAAAGGAGCAAUCCCUACCGAUAGAAAUCUCUGAGUAUAUUCUAAAGAUUCUCUAGGGUCCGAGAAGCUCAGAGAAAUUCUCCACAGGCACUCAGGUAGAUAUAUUUAAAGGUCU